UGAUCCGAUCUCUGCGAUAUUUGGAAGAACUACUCAAAGAAAUGACUGUGGCAGCCAAUACUAUUGGAAAUUCAGAACUCGAAAAAAAAUUCGACUCCGCCGCUAAGGUGUUAAGAAGGGGUAUACCGUUUGCAACUUCAUUGUACAUUCAGUAA